UGCACGUCAUUGAAAGAAAUAGCGAAUAUAUAAACUCGAUUAUCCGAAAAGUUCCGAGCAUUUCCAUCAUGUUUAUUUUGACAUGGUUCAUUUUCACUUUAGCGUUCGCUACCUGUCUUGACACCGAUGCACUCAACCUUCAAGUAAAGUAUCUGGAAGACCUUGUCGAAACCGAAAUCGAAAAAUCUAAAAACUAUAAGGGAAGAUCCGACAAUCGGGAUUUACUAGGUGAUGUGGAAAAUACGAAAAACAUCUUCAACUAUGGCGACUUCGAUUUCAUCAUAGUGGGUGGUGGCUCAGCAGGCUCGGUUGUUGCCAACAGGUUGUCAGAAGUAUUAAAUUGGAAUAUUCUGCUACUUGAAGCUGGCGAUAUCAAUGAUGACUUCACUGAUAUUCCAUAUGUUUUCGACGCGUCCGGAAAAUCUGACAGAAAUUGGGGAUACUUGACAGUUCCACAGAAAAACGGCUGUUUUGGAAGGAUAAAUAGGCAGUGUCCCUAUAUUCGUGGAAAAAUUCUGGGAGGAUCUGGAACCAUCAACGGUUUAGUCUACUCACGAGGCAUAAAGGCUGAUUUCGACAAAUGGGCAAAAGAGGGCAAUCCAAGUUGGUCCUGGGAUAAAGUAUUUCCUUAUAUCAAAAAGAUCGAGAACUUUCAAUCUAAUAACAUAGAUUUGAAAUAUAGAGGAUUCAACGGUCCUUUGAAUGUUGCAUAUGUCAAACCCGAUAUUCCUCUCCAGAAGGCCUUCAUAAAGGCAAAUCAAGAAAUUGGUAUACCAUUCUUGGAAGAUUACAACGCUGAAAAAGUCAGUGGAGUAUCUUAUAUCCAACAUAAUAUACAAAACGGAAGAAGAGCCAGUGGUGCUAACAAUUAUGUACGACCUGCUUGGACUAGAAUAAAUCUCAAUGUAACUUUAAAAGCCUUCGUGACGAAGGUAUUGAUAGACGAGAAGACAAAAACCGCUGAUGGUGUUGAAUUUGUACUUAACAACCGCAAAUACAGAGCGAAAGCCAGGAAGGAAGUGAUUCUUUCUAGUGGAUCUGCUAACUCUCCCCAACUCCUUAUGUUGUCUGGUGUGGGUCCAAAAUCUGACUUACAGAAAUUAGGAAUCGAAGUAAUUCAAGAUUCACCUGUUGGAAAAUAUAUGAAGGACCACAUUGGAUUCUUGAAUCUAUUCUUCAGCUCAAAUUACGUAGAACGGACUCAGACGACUAAUCAUUUGAUCAAGCAAUAUCUUGAUGCCGAAGGUCCUUUUACUGCUCCCUCAUACUACAGAGUCAUAUCUUACUACAAUACAAGAAAUAGAAGUUCGCCUCAUCCUAAUAUGGAAAUAGAUUUCGCUCCGCCUAAUCCUGUGGCAACAUCUAUUCCUCAGUUUGCUAACUUCAGGAAAGAAGUGGGCGAUUACGUAGGUAGCAUCAACAGGUCCACCAAUUGGAACUUUCAAGUAUUUUUCUUACAUCCCAAAUCAUCUGGUACUCUGAGUUUGAAGUCAGCUAGCGCUAGAGACUUUCCAUUGAUAGAUAGCAAAAUAUUUGAUAAUGCAGAAGAUCUAGAAGAUAUGUACAAUGGAAUUCAAGUCACUUUGAAAUUAAUUGAAACAUCUGUUGGUAGAGAUUUCAAUCUGAAAUUGAAUUUGAAUCUGGCUUCUUGUUCCAAACAUAAACCAUUGUCGAAACAUCAUUGGUUUUGUCUACUUCGUCAGCUAGCACUACCAGCUUAUCAUUUGUCUUCUACUGCCAAGAUGGGACCACGCAAUGAUCCUUUAGCUGUAGUGGAUGAUGAACUUAAUAUUCACGGCAUCAAAAAUCUACGGGUUAUAGAUGUAAGUAUAGUACCAAGCACCGUCACUGGGCAUAUAAAUGCACAGGCCUUCUUGAUAGGAGAAAUGGGAGCUGACUUCAUCAAAAAAGAUCAUUUAAAGGUGUUUAGUUGAAUAAACUAAUGAUGUAUUCAGUUGAAAAUUAUACUUGAUAUUUAGACUA